UUCCCAUCCCUCCUGGCUGGGAAAAGCCCCUUCUCUUCCCAGGCACCUCGCUGCAAAACAAAGCCAAACACACACAUACAUACACACAAACAAAAAAAGCUGGAGUUCUUCCACAACUUUUGGGGUUUUGCUUGGCUUGGAUCUUUUCCCCCUCCUCAUGUUUUCCAGCUGUUCAAGGUUAUGAAGGAAGAAUGGAGUUCCCAGACCAUAGCCGGCAGUUACUGCAGUGUCUGAGUCAGCAACGUCACCAGGGCUUCCUGUGUGACUGUACUGUUUUAGUUGGAGACGCUCAGUUCCGAGCCCACAGAGCCGUCCUCGCCUCUUGCAGCAUGUACUUCCAUCUUUUCUACAGGGACCAGCUAGACAAAAGGGACAUUGUGCAUCUGAACAGUGACAUUGUCACAGCCCCAGCCUUCGGCUUGCUGCUUGAAUUCAUGUACGAAGGCAAGCUGGAGUUCAACAGCCUCCCAGUCGAAGAUGUGCUGGCUGCGGCCAGCUACCUUCACAUGUACGACAUUGUGAAAGUCUGCAAGGGCAAGCUGAAAGAUAAGGAAUUGUGCGGGGAUGAGAAAAUGAACGGUAGGGCUGUGCAUUUGGAUGUGCCGGGCUCGGACGGUGGAAUGCCCUUGGGGCAUGAGCUCGGUCCGGAUAAUAAGCAAAAAUUAACCGCGGCGGAAUAUGACAGAUUGGCAGCGGGGAAAAAGAAGACUGGCAGCUACCCGGAUUGGUCCUCUGAACUUGUAAGCGUUGGCUCUGUGUUAACUGAGGCAGAAUCGGACACCGCGGCAGCUGGGAAAACAAGAGCUAAUGUCAGUGGUUUGGUGGGACCUUUGUCCCAAAGCUCUCUCAACCACCCUUUGACUCCCAGUGAUGUUGAGUGUGCAUUGGAUCUGUCUUUCAAGCCUGUGGUGGGGAGAGAUUCCUUCCACCCCUCCUACAUCUUUGGACAGCUGGCUUCCGACGGCCAGCCGCAGGAGGAGGAGAAGGAGGAGCAGCAGCAGGAGGAGGGUAGCAAGCCCCUGAUUAAAGAUGAGCCGGAGUCUCUGUCGGAUGAGGAGGCAAGGAGUCCGGAGAGUCAGCAUUUUGAGAAUUCGGCCAAGAGUUUGAUGACAGGGUUAGGAAGUGUGUUUGUGGGGAACGGCGAUUCUCACAUGCCAGAGGAAGAUGGAGAUCAAGAGCGGGAGGCCAGCGAGGAUGACAUGGAUUCCUCUGACAUUUCGUCCUCGGGUGUCCUUGUGCCCCCGGGCCACAUCUGCAUUUGCCCGCUCUGCAGCAAGGUCUUUCCGAACCCACAUGUCCUCCAGCUGCACCUCAGCUCUCACUUCCGCGACAAGGACGGCUCCAGGACCAGACUCUCCCCCGAUGGAUCGGUGCCCACUUGCACGCUUUGCGGCAAGACUUUCUCCUGCAUGUACACCUUAAAAAGACACGAGAGGACUCAUUCGGGCGAGAAGCCGUACACCUGUGGCCAGUGCGGGAAGAGCUUCCAGUACUCCCACAACCUUAGCCGCCAUGCGGUGGUCCACACCCGGGAGAAGCCCCACGGCUGCAAGUGGUGCGAGAGACGGUUCACCCAGUCGGGCGACUUGUACAGACACAUCCGCAAAUUCCACUGUGGCCUUGUGAAGUCGCUGGUGGUUUGAGCGAACAGUUCUUUUGUUACGAGAGAUGCUGGUCAACUUCCUACCGUGUGCUAUUUCACUUUGGGUGAAUGGCAUCACAAAGGGGGAUGGAUGGGUGGGAGAAUGUAGGUCUACAUUUCAUAGGAGAAGGUCUGCUUUUAUGCCUUUCUCCCGUCCCCUGGUCCACUUGAGGUCUGCAACUUGACUCAUAAUGUUGUGUUUAUUUCUGUGUGGCAGAUAAGCAAAUUGCUGAAUCCAAAAUUCUUGGAUGGAAGCUGAUUUAAUCUGAUUGAUUGGCUUAAUUGGAUGUAUGGAAUGGGCUGUUGAUGCUAAGGAUACUUGGAAGCGCUUUGCAUUCUGUGGGUGUUCUCUUCCCAAACUGGAAAUGUGGUGAGGAAAUCCAGUGAAAGGGAAGGUAUGAUCCUCGAUCAAAAUUGCACCUUGUGUGCAACGAAGUGUGCUGUAUGUACAGCAAUGUCCCUUUCCCCCAAGGUUAUCACAUCUUUGUGUUGUCAAAGGUUUCAUGGCCAGAAUCACUGACUUGCUGUGA